AUCAUACAGAUACUUUAUAAAUAUAUGACAUUUGUAAAGAAGUCGUGAUUCAAUAUGGAAGACUCUAAAUAACUGGUACCUUUUCUACAUAUUGUAAUAUGUUAUAUAUUUUUUUAGGAUGGUUAUUUCUAUUUCAUUUAGGUAGUACAGGUGUGAAGGCAGCCUCUUCAACUGCUCAACAAGAUGUCGAUUAUGUGGUUACAAUUAUUAUUGCCUCCAUAGCAGGUGGAAUGGUUCUCAUGGUGAUUGUUAUUUUAAUUGUACGAUGUGUAUGUUUGAAGUGUAAAAAGACACCUGUCCGAAAUAUACGAGCACGUGGUCCGCCAUCAUAUGACGACACCAGACGUCCUUACAGACUUCCUGAUCCACCGGCGUAUUCACCUCGAAACUAUAACUAUCCAUCUCAUCCGCCACCAGCAUACGAAACACAUAUAUCUCUUCCGGGAGUAACGGAAUAGUCGAUACAGUAACUUAUUAA